GUCCUUGAAAUGAACAGGAAAGGAGAAGUAGUAUAUAAGUGAAAGGUUCCCCCAUAACCUGGUCUCAGUUGCUCUGUUUCGAAUCAAGCCGAUAUGAUUAGGACUGUUUUUAUAUUAGCUCUAGCAGCCUACGUAGCGGCACAAUACCGCGACGAUCCCAGGAAUGCCGCCAUUCUCACAGAAUCGAGAUACCUCAACGGCGAUGGAAAAUUCGGCGCAGCUUACACUCAGGAAGACGGAGUAGAAUUCAAAGAAGAAUCCGACCCCGAUGGCACCAGGAGGGGAACUUACAGCUACGUCGAUCCGUCCGGCCAAAGGAGGACGGUCUCUUACACCGCGGGAAAGAACGGAUUCCAAGCUUCAGGAGACCAUCUCCCUGUCGGGCCCAACCCUCAGCCCCCGACCCCGGGAUACACUCCUCUCCCCCAGUACAACCCUCCUCCACAACAACAGUACAGGACUCAACCCCAGCAAUAUCCUGCACCUGUCCAAGAAUACAGAGCCCAGCCCCAGUACCAACCGCAACCACAAUACCAGCCAAGACCCCAACCCCAACCCCAGUACCAGCCAAGACCCCAGCCCCAACCACAGUACCAGCCUAGACCUCAACCUCAGCCACAGUAUCAACCUCAACCGCAAUACCAGCCCCAAGUCCCCAGGUACACCACCACCCCCGCCCCUCACAGGUUUUUUCCUCCAGGAAAACUCAGCCUGAACAGAUCACCCGAUGGCUUCAGCUACACCUUCAACAAAGCUUAAACUGUAUUAAAUGUUAAUAUUUAUAUGCAAAACUUUUAGUCAUAAAAUAUAAUUGUUAAGUUUGUACUUAA